AAUUAAUCUGGUAGCAAAUCUCUUGGUUAAUCGUUUGUUUAUAAGCACUUGAUCGUGCAAAACGUAAUUUAUUUUGUUUCUGGUUUUAAGAAUAAACAUUGCCAAUGAGUCUGUUUAAAAAUGAUUUUAUCAUAUCUUUACCAUAUCCUCAAGUCUCUUAUUUAUAUCGCAACCAAUAUUUUGGAAAAAUGGGUUUACCGAUUGGAGGCAGCAAUUUUGUCGCGCAAAAAGAACAAUUUACUCGAGAUUGAUGGACAAAUUCGUCGACGCCGCAGUCCUUCGCAAGUUGAAGAGCAUUUACGGAUGGUGUUCCCGGAAAAUCUGUAUGAUGUAUUGUUAUUCGGCAAACAGCUAUCAGAUAACGGACCGUGCAUCGGCUAUCGUCCAACGAAAGAUGCCCCGUAUGUCUACCUAUCGUAUGACGACGCAAUUCAACGUGCGACCGCUUUCGGCUCAGGACUGCUGGAACUCGGCGGACGGACACACGGUGAUUUCUUCGUGGGAAUAUUUGCCAAAACUUCACUAGAGUGGACCGUGGCCGAGUAUGGAUGUCUGGCGUACGGGAUGGUCACAGCGCCCUUGUACGACUCUUUGGGACACGAGACAUGCCUGCAGAUGAUCGAAUUCUAUGGCAUUGAGAUGUUGUUGUGUGAUGGAGAUACCCAACUGAAAGCACUACUGGGUGAUAGCGGCCAGUUUCCGGUGACCUUACGUACAAUUAUUACCAUCGAGUCACUACCACAAGAAAGGGUCGAUGAAAUCAAACAGCACGGCGUGGAUAUGUUCACCAUGGAUCAAGUCGAGGAACUGGGCCGGGCAAAUUUGCGCCCAGUGCAACCCGGUCAGCCCGAUGACAUGGCUACACUGAUAUUCACCAGCGGCACGACGGGCGUGGCAAAGGGCGUCAUGAUCACGCACCGAGAGUUUCUCGAAAAUAUCCGACACCUGUUGCAGUCCUUUUUGCCCCUGCGCUUGGGUCCAGACGACUGUAUGCUGGGUUUCCUCCCGUUAGCCCACAUCUUCGAGCGCUUCGUCGAGAAAAUUAUUCACCUACAUGGCGGCCGUGUCGGUUACAUCAGCGAAAAUGUCAACAAAUCGCUGUUCCAGGACGCCCGGGAUGUCCAACCGACGGUAUUUGUCUUCGUGCCGCGCCUCAUGACGCGCUUGUAUGACCAAAUUCAACUGGAUAUCUCUGGCUUUCUGCGCAAGAUUGUGGUGGCCAAAUUGGGAUUGAUCAUCAAGCGCUGGGAUAUGCAGCGCGGUGUUUCCAGGACGGAUUCCAUGUGGGAUCGUUUGUUGUUCAAAGAGUACCAAAAGCUACUGGGUGGACACAUAAGGAUUGGCAUGAUCGGCGCAGCGCCCACCGAUGGGAAGAUUCUGAAUUUCAUGAGGGGAGUUUUUGGAGCUUAUAUUUUCGAAGUGUACGGACAAACGGAAGCCACCGGUGUCAUAACAACGACGACAUUCGGCGAUAUGUCCACUGACCAUGUGGGCAUACCCAUGAGCGGUGUGGAGAUGAAAUUGGCUGAUGUUCCGGAAUUAGGCUAUUACGCCAAGGAUGGCAAAGGGGAAGUGUGCUGUCGUGCGGAUUUCAUUAUGAGCGGCUACUUUAACAUGCCGGAGAAGACCGCGGAAACCGUGGAUAAGGAAGCAUGGUUACACACUGGAGACAUCGGGAUGUGGCUUCCGAAUGGAAAUUUGAAAAUUUUUGAUCGGAAAAAGCACAUAUUCAAGUUGAGUCAGGGCGAAUAUCUAGCGCCCGAUCGCUUGGAAAGCAUCUACCUUCGCUCCGAGCUAAUCGUUAACAUAUUCAUUGACGGGAACGGUCAGUUUCCUUUCUGCGUCGCCUUGGUCUAUCCCAAUUACGACGCCCUGGAUGCCGCCGAGAGCGACGGUUGCGCUGACCCCUCCGACGCCGACAUUAAGCAGCGCAUCAUCGACGAGUUGACCCGGGUGGCCAAGGAAGCUCAAUUGCGCUCCUACGAAAUACCAAAGAACAUCCAUCUUCUGGAUGAACCGUUCUCCGUGGAAAACGGCUGUAUUACUCCGUCGCAGAAAACGCAACGGGAUUCCGUGCGUGUACGCUACAGAGAUCAAAUUGCGGCACUGUAUACCGCCAUGGAGAGAAAAAACUCGGCUACCGUACAACGGGAGCGAUAAACUCUGUGACGCAAAACUGCUUACGUUAUUUGUUAUAUGAAGGAGUACUCCGACGUAUAUUGAUUCAUAUUGCUCAUAAUAAUGUAUUGUACUUGUUUAUUGUUUGUUUUUGUAAGUACUGUAUUUAUGUAUAUAAUUUUUGUUCAUGUCCUGAAUGUUUGCCGCUAUGAAUUUACUGCUCAUUAAAGAGUACUUAUC